UUUUUGUAUCAGGUAGAACAGGUCAAAUGAUAAAAAAAAACCUUUUGGUGAUUUGGUUUGGGUAGCCUAAUUCUGCAGCAAUAAUCCCGGUGGCGCCUUGACUCUAAGACGCGCUGUGCGUUCCUCUUCCAAAGAUCAACAUGAUGUCUGCCACAGAUACGGGUACCUCUGUGUACCAACCAGCACAACUACUGAACUGGAUCUAUAUGUCUCUGCAAGACUCCCACCAGACGAAUGACUUCGAUGCGUUCAGACCGGAAUCAGAGAGUUCUCCAACGGACCUGAACAACUACAAACAGCCGUGCGCUGCUGCUGUCGACCUGAGCUCUGCGCUCAACUCCAACUAUCUCAACAACUUCUUGCAACUCCAGAGGAAUGAGGCCUUAAACAACAACGUGUAUAGAAGCUCCUCUCCCUACGGCUCACUCAACAACAUCGUAGACGGCCUGAGUUCUCUGACCGACCACUUCUCUGACCUCUCCCUCUCCUCUGAGCCACGCAAACCCGGCAAGCGACCGCCCCCCAACUACCUGUGCCAUCUCUGCUUCAACAAAGGACACUACAUCAAAGACUGCCCGCAGGCUCGGCCUAAAGGGGAAGGCCUGACCCCAUAUCAGGGCAAGAAGAGGUGUUUCGGGGAAUACAAGUGCCCUAAAUGCAAGAGGAAGUGGAUGAGCGGGAACUCCUGGGCCAACAUGGGACAAGAAUGUAUCAAGUGCCACAUCAACGUUUACCCUCACAAGCAGAGACCUCUGGAGAAGCCUGAUGGGUUAGACGUUUCAGACCAGAGCAAGGAACAUCCACAGCAUCUGUGUGAAAAAUGCAAAGUGCUCGGCUACUACUGUCGUCGCGUGCAAUAAUAACCUGCCGUUACCUGUUCAUGGAGUUGCCCCCUAGACAGAUCAAUAAUAACCUGCCGUUACCUGUUCAUGGAGUUGCCCCCUAGACAGAUCAAUAAUAACCUGCCGUUACCUGUUCAUGGAGUUGCCCCCUAGACAGAUCAAUAAUAACCUGCCGUUACCUGUUCAUGGAGUUGCCCCCUAGACAGAUCAAUAAGAACCUGCCGUUACCUGUUCAUGGAGUUGCCCCCUAGACAGAUCAAUAAUAACCUGCCGUUACCUGUUCAUGGAGUUGCCCCCUAGACAGAUCAAUAAGAACCGCCGUUACCUGUUCAUGGAGUUGCCCCCUAGACAGAUCAAUAAUAACCUGCCGUUACCUGUUCAUGGAGUUGCCCCCUAGACAGAUCAAUAAGAACCUGCCGUUACCUGUUCAUGGAGUUGCCCCCUAGACAGAUCAAUAAUAACCUGCCGUUACCUGUUCAUGGAGUUGCCCCUAGACAGAUCAAUAAUAACCUGCCGUUACCUGUUCAUGGAGUUGCCCCCUAGACAGAUCAAUAAGAACCUGCCGUUACCUGUUCAUGGAGUUGCCCCCUAGACAGAUCAAUAAGAACCUGCCGUUACCUGUUCAUGGAGUUGCCCCCUAGACAGAUCAAUAAUAACCUGCCGUUACCUGUUCAUGGAGUUGCCCCCCUAGACAGAUCAAUAAUAACCUGCCGUUACCUGUUCAUGGAGUUGCCCCCUAGACAGAUCAAUAAUAACCUGCCGUUACCUGUUCAUGGAGUUGCCCCCUAGACAGAUCAAUAAUAACCUGCCGUUACCUGUUCAUGGAGUUGCCCCCUAGACAGAUCAAUAAGAACCUGCCGUUACCUGUUCAUGGAGUUGCCCCUAGACAGAUCAAUAAGAACCUGCCGUUACCUGUUCAUGGAGUUGCCCCCUAGACAGAUCAAUAAUAACCUGCCGUUACCUGUUCAUGGAGUUGCCCCCUAGACAGAUCAAUAAUAACCUGCCGUUACCUGUUCAUGGAGUUGCCCCCUAGACACUGAUCAAUAAUAACCUGCCGUUACCUGUUCAUGGAGUUGCCCCCUAGACAGAUCAAUAAGAACCUGCCGUUACCUGUUCAUGGAGUUGCCCCCUAGACAGAUCAAUAAUAACCUGCCGUUACCUGUUCAUGGAGUUGCCCCCUAGACAGAUCAAUAAGAACCUGCCGUUACCUGUUCAUGGAGUUGCCCCCUAGACAGAUCAAUAAUAACCUGCCGUUACCUGUUCAUGGAGUUGCCCCCUAGACAGAUCAAUAAUAACCUGCCGUUACCUGUUCAUGGAGUUGCCCCCUAGACAGAUCAAUAAUAACCUGCCGUUACCUGUUCAUGGAGUUUCCCCCUAGACAGAUCAAUAAUAACCUGCCGUUACCUGUUCAUGGAGUUGCCCCCUAGACAGAUCAAUAAUAACCUGCCGUUACCUGUUCAUGGAGUUGCCCCCUAGACAGAUCAAUAAUAACCUGCCGUUACCUGUUCAUGGAGUUGCCCCCUAGACAGAUCAAUAAUAACCUGCCGUUACCUGUUCAUGGAGUUGCCCCCUAGACACAGAUCAAUAAUAACCUGCCGUUACCUGUUCAUGGAGUUGCCCCCUAGACAGAUCAAUAAGAACCUGCCGUUACCUGUUCAUGGAGUUGCCCCCUAGACAGAUCAAUAAGAACCUGCCGUUACCUGUUCAUGGAGUU